AUGGAUGCACUGUCUCGGAGUUUGAAGAAACUGUGGAAUGAAUGGGAGCUGCAGACAAUGGUUUUGCUUAGCCUCACUCUCCAAAUACUACUUAUCCUUCUCGGUAAUCGUCGGAAGUAUAUUAACAAAAUUUGGAUCACAAUUGUUGUAUGGCCCGCUUACUUACUGGCAGAUUUUAUAGCAACUAGUGCACUUGGUCUCCUCACAAAUCGAUUCGUUUAUCAUUCUGGACCUUUGGAUGCAAAACUCCAGCUGACAGCGUUGUGGGCGCCAUUUCUGUUACUGCACUUGGGUGGACCUGACACAAUCACGGCCUAUUCUAUGGAGGACAACCAGUUAUGGUCGAGGCACUUGCUUGAAUUGGCUGCCCAGACAGGAUUUGCAUUUUACAUCCUUUUCGCAGGGUGGACAGGGUCCCGUCUUUCAUUUCUAACAAUUCCAAUGAUGUUGGCAGGGCUUAUCAAGUAUGGAGAAAGAACAUGGGUUUUGUAUUCUGCAAGCUACGAGCGUCGUAAAGCAUUAAUAUCCUCUCAUCAUAUUAAGUUGCAAUCUUAUUCUGAUGUUCAAGCCAAUUCUAAUAUUUCUGAUGCCAAAUUACUUCAAGUCGCCUAUGGGAUGUUCAAUAUUAUGGCUAAGCACCUCUUUGCAGGUGUUGCAAUAGCUGCAACAGAACCGUCCAGUUUGGCUAACCAACAAGAAAUGACUUUCAAUCUCUUGGAGAAAAUAGGUCCUGAAGAUGCUUUUAAGGUAAUUGAAGUGCAGCUUGGAUUUAUGUAUGACAUUCUCUAUACAAAGGCACUUGUCACCUACACCCCCUAUGGCAUUGGCUUGCGGUUCUUAAGUUUCCUUCUCACCAGCUUUGUGCUGGUGUCAUUUUCUUUGGCACCACAAAACACACAUAAGUACUCAAAUGUCGAUCUUUGCAUAACCUUUUUAUUACUUGCUGUGGCAAUUGUUUUAGAGCUUUACGCAGCACUUUCAUUGCUAUUGUCAGACCGCACUCUUGUCUGGUUGAGAAAACGUAACUUAGUUAACAUCUUACCAGCCAUUGCUUCUCUCCCACUACUUAGAAAUCCUAGAUGGUCGAAUUCCAUGGGUCAAUACGAUAUUGUAAUCUACUUCCGCAAUGAAAAACCCAUGGAUUUCCGUCGAAUCCUAAGCCUUUUAAAACUUAACCCAGAGCUAGAAAAACAACGAUAUGCAGCUUAUUGUCAAGUCCCGAAGGAUUUGAAAAAAUGGUUAGUCAUGCAUUCCAAGAAAUUUAGGGGAGUUUUGCAAGAUCUGAAAGGUUCGACAAUCGACAGGUUUGUGAGAGCAGUUAUAAUAUUAGAAGAUUUGAAUUACGACGACGAUACCGUUUGGUUUUUAAGCAGUGUGAUAGAAUUUCGGCAAACAAUCAUUGUUUGGCACAUUGCUACAGAAAUCUGCUAUCACCUAGAUCAUGGCUAUUUCCCCAAAGGAAAAAAAGAAAUCAGACGAGCCAUGGAUGAGAAUGAUAACGUCGUUUUAAAUUGGAAGAUGAGCAAGCACGUCUCCAGAUAUAUGAUGUAUCUCCUGGCCAUUUCACCUGAAACGUUGCCAGCAAGUGGGACAAUGGGUCAGAUCAACUUUAAACUCACUUGUGAGGAGGGCAGGAAAGCUAUGGAAUCAUUUAAACCACAAGCAGAUGAUCAAGUCGGCACCCCCAAAGAAAGGAAAAGCAAGAUUAAAAUCGAGGCUUCCAAAUGGUUGUUUGAUGGGCAAAAAGAUUCAAUUACCGAAGAACGAAAUGAAAUGGAGAAAAAACUGAAUGGAUCUCUUUUAUCAUUGGGGUGCGCCCUUGCCAAGCGUCUGGUAAAGAAGCAGGAAGAGGAUGAAGAGCCGCAGUCUAUGGAUACAAAAUGGGAAGUAAUCGCCAGAUUCUGGUUCGAAAUUCUACUCCAUGCUGGACAAAAAUGCAGAAGAAAUCAGCAUGCACAGCAACUCAGACAAGGUGGAGAGUUUCUCACUCAUUUCUGGCUUUUCUAUGAGGAGUUCGCGUAUCUUGAUGAACUGUCAACCACAAAUUCGAGUAGCGAUGUUUAG